AUGCCUCCCAAGAAGGUGUCUUCGGACACACUGUACGUCAUCUCAUCCUUCAUCUGGGACGAUGACGACACAAUCGAAGGCUUGCAGCCCGUCGAGGCUUACUCGACCCUCAAGGCCGCCAACGCCGCGGCGAAGGAGAUGAUGUUCCGCUUCGCCCAAAAGUUGAACCCCUAUGGCGACGUCGACGAAUAUGACUACCAGCAUGAACAAGACGACAACGGCAUGUAUCACGGCUACAUGGAAGGAGGCCCUCAUGGGCACGUGGCUGCUAGGGUUCGUGUAUUCGCUACCUCGUUGAAAAACGACAGCGGAAGGGGUGCUGGCAAGGCCGCUUUGAAGGCGGAGCCGGCCGUCAAGUCUGAGCCAACAGAUGAAGAGGACGAAGAUGAGGAGGAAGAGGAGAAUGCGGCACCCAAGCCCCCGCCAAAGAAGAAGGCUGCCGGUCCCCCCAAGACGGCCAUCAACACAAAGACGCACCGCAAGACUAUCCCUGAGGGUAUCCCCAACUGUCUUGAAGGGCUGAAGCUUCUCUUCACCGGCACCUUCGAGACCAUGGACCGCAAGACCUCGAUUGCGACGGCGUACAAGUACGGCGCCGAAGUCAUCACCAAGCUCGAGGACACGGACUACAUUGUUAUUGGCACACGCGCCGGUCCUAACAAGCUCAAGGAGAUCAAUGAGAAGGAGCUCGAGACCAUCAGCGAGGAGGAGUUCUUCCAGAUCCUCGAGAACGGCAUUCCGGAUGAGAAGAAGGAGCGCAUGGCAAACCGCCGGCUCGCGGAUCAGACUGAGGGGCCUGAGGAGGACGAGGAAGAUGCCAAGCCCAAGAAGAAGAGGACCGCAGCGAAAGGAGGUCCGGCCAAGAAGAGGGCGAAGAGAUAG